CUUCAUUUGGUGAUAUAUAUUUAUUAAUUUGGUGACAUUUAUUUAUUUAUUUAUUUAUUUAUUUAAUAGAAGUUGUUACUAGUUUCCUCUGCUGUCAUACCAUAUAUACUAGUACUACACUACUACUUAUUAAUACCAUUUAUUCACCAAAAUUAAACAAUUGAAGGAACAAAUUAAUAUUGGACAAAACAUUUUGAUGUUUAUUAUUGAGUACUAUGAACUUUUCUUGGAAUUAAUUGCCUAUACUACGGCUUAAUUUUAUUUUCUUUCACACAUUAAUACAUAUUUGGCACCUUGAUUUCACAGUUUAAACUCUCAAAUCUACUCCUUCACGUCAUCAAGCUAAGGGCUAUAAAGGAAUUAAUAUGGAAAUGUUAGCAAUAAUCAAUGAAGGAGAUAUCACAAUGAACUUCAACAAAGACAUCAAUUUCAAUACUUUUUAUAAGCAUGAAAAUUUAGGUAAUGUUACUACUACUGAUCAAGGCUUGAAGAGAAAGCAGAUUUUCUCAUGCAAAUGUCUAGUUUCUGAUACAGAAGAUCAUGAAGACUUGUUAUUAUUAGAUAAACAACAAAAUCACACUGUUUUGUUACCAAGAAAACCAGAAGCUGAUUCUGACCGCGAUUUAGCUGCAACAAAGCUUCAAAAAGUUUACAAGAGUUACAGAAUUAGAAGAUAUUUAGUAGAUUUAGCAGUUGUUUGUGAGGAGACAUGGUGGAGGGAUUCAGACUCUUCUGCUUUUCGUAGGUGCUUGAUGUCACAUUUUGAUUCUGAUUCUGAUAAAUCAGAAACAGCUAUUUCAGAAUGGGCAACAGCAAGAACAAUAGCUGCUAAGAUGGGAAGAGGAUUGUCCAAAGAUGAUAAGUCACAAAGAUUAGCUCGAAGACACUGGCUUGAAGCUAUUGAUCCUCGACAUCGUUAUGGACACAACCUGCAUUUCUAUUAUGAUGUCUGGUUUAAAUGCAAAAGUUCUCAGCCCUUUUUCUACUGGUUGGAUAUUGGAGAUGGCAAAAGAGUAGAUCUUGCCAAAUGCUUAAGAAAGAAACUGCAGAGCCAAUGCAUAAAGUAUCUUGGACCUAUAGAGAGGGAAGCAUAUGAAGUGAUUGUGGAAGGAGGAAAGCUUGUUUAUAAACAAAGCAAGAACCUUGUACACACAACUGAGGGAUCUAAGUGGAUUUUUGUUCUUAGUACAACCAGAGUUUUGUAUGUUGGACAAAAGGAGAAAGGCAAAUUUCAACACUCUAGUUUCCUAGCUGGUGCUCCUACCAUUGCUUCUGGAAGAUUGGUUGCUCACAAUGGAGUACUUCAUGUUAUAUGGCCUUAUAGUGGUCAUUAUCGUCCAACAGAGAAGAAUCUUAUGGAAUUCAUUCACUUCUUAGAGGAACAUAAUGUGGAUAUGACAAAUGUAAAGAGACAUCCAGUUGAUGAUGAUAUUCCACCUCAUUAUAAACCUGUGGAUGAAGAGCUUCUUUCCUUUGAUUACAUAGAAGAUGAUGUGAGUUCUUGUGAUGACAAUGCCAAUGCCAAUGCCAAUGCCAAUGGACUACAGGAGUUGGUCCUAGGAUUGGUUAUGUGAGAGAGUACCAAAGCACUUGAACAGCUCAAUCCAUCAUCACCAAGAAUCAACAAUUGAACAUUUUUAGUUCAAUUGCUUUUAGUUUUAGUAUAAACAUUUGGAAUAUAUAUUAGUACAAAAUAUAGGAUGAUAAAGGUCAUAAAGGACAAAACCCAAUAUUUAUUUUAUUCAUUUGGGUUUUUUUUCCUUGGCCAUUCUUUUUAAUUAUUUGUGUUGUAUUUGUUAGCUUGUGCUGAGACAUUCUUUUUCCUCCCCCUUAAAAUGCAUAGUUGCUUGUCCAAUAUUUUUGUGGGGAUGAUCAAUCAUAUAUUCUUAUAUUCUUAUGUAGUAAGUCGAAGUUACAUAUUAAAUAUGAAAA